AUAAUUUAAUAUGUUUUGUAUCAACAACCCUAUCUAUGAUCGAUCGAUCUUAAUUCAUUUAUUAUAGUUUCUUAAAACGAAUAAAGUGCAAGAAAGAUGAAUUUCCGAAUUAUCCAAAGUAAAACAAAUUACUUGAGUGCAACAAGUCUUUUUCGAAGACUGGAGCACCGUCAAUUGGCCACCCAAGUAGCCGCUCAACCCAAACGAAACAACAAUGGCCAAAAUAUAGUGCUGGUUGACGGAGUUCGUACUCCUUUCCUGACAUCGGGAACAUCUUACUCGAAUUUAAUGCCCCAUGAAUUGGCCAGACAUUCAUUGCUAUCACUAUUGCAAAAAAGUCGCCUCGACAAGGAACUUAUUGACUAUAUCGUCUAUGGCAGCGUCAUCCAGGAAGUGAAGACCUCCAAUAUUGCACGUGAGGCGGCACUUUCAGCUGGAUUCAGUGAUAAGACUCCGGCUCACACUGUGACAAUGGCUUGCAUCAGUUCCAAUGCGGCAAUUACCACGGGCAUGGGAUUAAUUGCCACGAACACAUACGAUGUGAUUGUCGCUGGAGGCGUUGAGUUUAUGUCGGAUGUGCCAAUUCGUCAUUCCCGCAAGAUGCGAGCACUCAUGUUGAAGGCAAACAAGGCUAAAUCAUUGGGCCAACGUCUGUCUUUGCUGUCUACAUUCAGACCUGGUUUCUUGGCACCCGAAUUGCCGGCUGUCGCUGAGUUCUCAUCUGGCGAGACCAUGGGUCACUCUGCUGACAGGUUGGCCUCAGCUUUCAAUGUCACACGCCGCGAGCAGGAUGACUACGCAUUAAGAUCUCACACAUUGGCAAAACAAGCACAGGAAAAGGGUUACUUUACGGAUUUAGUGCCUUUCAAAGUUCAAGGUGUUGACAAAGUGGUCGAUAAGGACAACGGAAUUCGCGUUUCCACUCCCGAAAGCCUUGCUAAGCUUAGACCAGCUUUCGUCAAACCCUACGGAACAAUUACAGCAGCUAAUGCUUCAUUCCUGGUAAUUAUUACUAUUUUACAUUUAUACAAUUGCUUAAUUAUUAUUUCUUUUGAACUAUUCCAGUCUGACGGUGCCUCAGCUUGUCUGGUUAUGACAGAGGAGAAAGCCAAGGAGCUGGGCCUGAAGCCCAAAGCAUUCUUACGUGAUUUUCUCUAUGUAUCUCAAGAUCCUGUUAAUCAAUUGCUUUUGGGCCCUGCCUAUGGUAUACCCAAAUUGUUGAAAAAAGUGGGACUUGGUCUAAAAGAUAUUGAUACGUGGGAAAUUCAUGAAGCUUUUGCCGGUCAAAUUGUGGCCAACCUGAAAGCCUUAGACUCGGAAUGGUUCUGCAAAACAUAUCUGGGCCUUAACGAAAAGGUCGGCACUCCAGACUUAUCCAAGUGGAACAACUGGGGUGGUUCCCUAUCAAUUGGCCAUCCAUUUGCUGCCACGGGAGUCCGUCUCUGCAUGCACACCGCAAAUCGACUUGUCCGUGAAGAUGGCAAAUUUGGUGUUGUUGCCGCGUGUGCAGCUGGUGGACAAGGUGUCGCCAUGCUUAUCGAGCGUUAUCCAGGUGCAAAUGCCGACUGAAAAUCUAAAAAUAUCGUGCUACUCUAUUAUUAGCAAUUACAACUAAAUAAAUACAUUUUAAUACAUUUUA